AGCAACAGCGGUUACAAUCAGAGGCUCAGUCUUGGAUCUCGGUGAAGAAUGGCCAAAACUAUUAAAUCCGCUUUGGCAGACACUCUGGAGAACCUAUCAAAGGGGGAUUUUGAGAGGUUCUGCCACCAGCUUCUGGACCGCAGAGAAGAGCCGCGGGUAAAACGCAACAGGGUGGAGGGCAAAAGCCGUCUGCAGAUCACAGACGUGCUGGUGUCUACUUUUACCGAGGAGCGGGCUCUGACGGUGGUUCUCGAGAUCCUGAAAGCGAUCGGCUGCAAUCAGCUGGCGAAAGAACUCGAGGAUGCUACAGGUGGAAACUUCUCAAAACCUGAUCCCGGUGACAGGGCCCGGCAUCCACAGCAGCAGUUCAGCAUGGAUAUUGAGAGGACCCAUGAGCCACUGCCCACUCCUCCUCCUAAUGAGUCAGACUACUACACUCUGACUCAUAACCCACGUGGUUGGUGCGUGGUCUUCAACAAUGAGAUCUUCACAGGAGGUCUGAAUAAUCGAAAAGGAACUCAGGAGGAUGCAGAUACUCUGAAAGAAGUGUUCACUCGCUUAGGUUUUCAAGUGAAGAUACACAACAACUGUACUGCAGAGCAGAUGGAGAAGAAAAUAAAUGAUCUUGGCAAGAAUAAUUUCAAAAGUGAUGAUGGCUUGGUGGUGUUCGUGCUUUCACAUGGAGAAAAGGGGUGUGUCUUUGGCACUGAUGGGGAAAAGGUGCUCCUGAAAGAGCUGACGGACCCCUUUACAAGUGGAAGAGCUCCAACCUUGACAGGGAAGCCCAAACUCUUCUUCAUUCAAGCCUGUCAAGGUGAUGAGGACGAGAACCGAAAAAAAGAAGCAUGGCAAGCUGACGCUUCAAUCCCUGAUGAGACAGUGCCUGAGCUAGCAGACUUUCUGAUCGGCAUGUCCACAGUAGAGGAGUGCAAGUCCUUUCGAAACAAACGCACAGGAUCUAUCUACAUCCAGGAACUGUGCAAACAGCUGAAAAUAGCAGCAGAAAGCCAGGUGAUGGACGAUAUCCUCACUGUCCUGACACGUGUGAACAGGGAGAUCAGCAAAGGAGAGUUUUUAUCCUACAAACAAAUGCCGGAGCCCAAAUACACUCUCACCAAGAAGCUUGUCCUCAAAUAUAUAUGACCUGACUGUGACCAAAUACAACACUGCAAGUCUGCACAAUUCCUGCAUAGAAAAAUGUUUUUCACCUCAGAAUCAUACAUUCUUUCUUGGGCCUAUAUGCUAUUUACCUAAAUUAAAUUUUUAAU